UCGUGCUAUUAGCGGAACAGGAUCCAGUUGUUAACAGAACCGUGUAGCUAAAUCGACUUCGAUAUGUAGCAUUUUUCACGUUUAUUGGAUCAAAGAGAAUCUUGACUUGAGAACUCAAUAACCCUAUUUUCUUUGUAUAUUUCAGAAAAGUAAUUUCAAGCGUUAACAUCCAUUAGAAUUAUCCCACUGAACGACAAUUUAACAAAAGGAAUCCGCUCCGUCACCAUGGUUCAAACCUUUGUGUAUCCAGUCGUAGCACAUUAGGUUUCUUUGUUCACGCAUAAAUUACUCGUGAAUCGAUCGGCAAAAUCAUGCAAAUUUAGAGCGAAUGCUUCAAGUCACUGGUUUAAUUAGUUUCACAUCGAUGCACUAUUUUUUAGAAACGGCUAAGAGUAAAUCUCAAUCGCAGCUCUUUGGGGCUUGUCACAACACUCUUCGAAAUCCAAGGAGUAGAUUCUCGUAUCUUGUCGCUCAAGAGAAAUAUCUUGUCGAUUAAGAUAACUGAGAUGGAUUCAUCAGAGAAUAUUUCAAACGUAACCCCAAAUGCACUUCAAACCGCGGAACCUACAUCCGCGACUAAAAUUAGCCCGGAAGCAACAAAUAUCGUAGCAGCUUUGUUCGUUGCGGUGCAGAUACCAGUUGCCCUUGGAGGAAACUUCAUCGUCAUUGCAAGCUUUUACACGUUUAGGGACCUGCGCACAAAGUGCAACUUUUUCAUCAUCUCUUUAGCAAUCAGCGAUCUUCUGGUUGCGUUCAUCGCCAUGCCUUUUUGGUUAACUCUCCAAAUAACCCAGAAUGUAUGGAUUUACGGUGACAUGCUAAAACAAUUUUGGGACUGCAUGGACAUUCUGUGCGGAACAGCGUCUAUAAUGAAUUUGACUGCGGUCAGCUUUGAUCGACAGUUGGCGAUCACGUCUCCGUUUCUUUAUCCUAAAGUCUUGACGACCCGGCGUGUCAUCUGUCUCAUAUGCUUUGUGUGGUGUUAUGCUGCCACCAUUUCAUGCUUGGUUCUUAUUUCAAGCAAUGAGCACCAAUGGCCGUAUCCCAAUUAUCUGUGGUUCGUAUCCGUACUGAGUUUCUUUCUCCCUUUAGCGAUUAUGCUGGUUAUGUACGCUCGGAUUUACUUAGUGGCACGUUACCAAGCCAGACAAAUAGGAAGAAACUACGCCACAGAUAUCAAAGCCGCAAAAACGAUUGCGGUUGUGAUUGGUGGAUUUGUCAUCUGCUGGCUCCCGUUCUUUACAGUUGUUUUAUCUUAUGCAAAUCGCACAAAUAUUCCUAUCAGUUUCCUUAACGUAGCCAAGUGGUUAGAAUACUUAAAUAGCUGUCUGAAUCCAGUUAUUUAUACCUGUUUAAACCGCACUUAUCGGAGUGCUUUUAAAAAAUUGCUUCGUCGUUGUCGCUUAAAAAUUAAGAAAGAUCAAAGAGAGCAGUCAAAGAGCAACACCAUGUUAACCGUUUCGCCCAUCGUUUCGAUGGACGAAACACAAGCGCCGUUAACUGUUGUGAGACGAGAAUGUUUUUCUAAUCAAAACGAAGCCAAAAGAAUAAGUGUUGGGACAAGUGAUGAUGUAGUUGAAAAUUUUCCACUUAAAGAAACUGGCCCUACCCAAGUAUGGCAAUCCGAAUGAUGGUGCAACCUUCGAUAGUCCUUUUAUCUAAACUAAACAUGGGUACAACUGUGAUGUGUCGAGUGGAAAAUUUAUGAACUAAUGGCAACUAUGGGAAAUUUGGAAAACUAAAGAAUACGGCUGUGGUUCUCAAGCAUUGUUAUCCUCUCCAAAUGAAUUGAAGUUUUAUCUUUAGAAGCCUUAAAAACUUAUUUCAAUAUUCUAGCAAUCUUCUACUUUGACUUCGUUUACUACUUCCUAAUUAUGAAUAACCAGCUCGAUCAUGAUUAAAGCUUGAAGAAGACGGUGACACGUCAUCCUAGUAAUUGGACAACGCGAUAGGACUGCAUUAAAGACUGCUAUAGAGUCAUGAGAAAGCUAAAAAGGUAACUGAUAAUGAGGAUACGCAAACUUUGUUUACUUUCGCAGAUAUGACCGAGUACCGAAAAGAAUUACAAACAAACAGCUGGCACUUUUAUUACAUGGACUUAACUAGAUAAAUAACGAAAUUUCCCUAUGCUUCCACUCAUUUGUGAACAAAAAUGCACUGGCUAUGGUAAGCCUUCACGAAAAGAAAGAAAAGCACUCAGACAACAUCAUUAAGGAAACGGGAAAGCACUCAGAUAACAUCAUUAAGAAAACGGGAAAGACUGAAAAGAGCAAAAUUCAAGGUAUAAACUAGGAACACACAGAGCGGUUCACCAAAACUUUUUCUCAAAGGUCUGGCCUACCGAGUGGUAUACGGGAAGUUCGUCCUCAGAAAGACAGAAAACAAUCCUAAUCUAAGUCUUGUAAAUGCUGUUACAGCAAUAGUUUUUACAUGUAAUCCAUCUCUCUUAUUUCAAGAGAAUUUCUAACUGAUUAAGCUCAAUACAGUCAGAAUGCUCCACUGCAUAUCGUUAGGCAAUCGUUAAGUUUCUCAAUAGACUGAGUGAAUAUUAAUAUUAUAUGUAGAGGAAAUGAACUUUAUACUGGUAAUGUAUGAUAUCGUCAUUUCAUGUUUUGCCUAGAGAGGUGUGUGUGUCAGUUUCUUCAUCUUGUUUGCUAGGAGAAGGAGCGAUCCGACUUGGAUCACUGCAAAUGAUGAAUUUCUCAGCGCUGAAAACUAACCAAGUCAGUCUCGACUCUUACUGAAGCGAAAUCUUUGCAUGUUGCAAUAUAAUAAGUCCUUAUUGAGCAAGCUUGUACGGACUUCAACUUCGUUUCGGUCCAUAACAACGCAAAAAAAAAAAAACCUAACCAAGAAUAACAGUAUUUCAAAUAAGGUAGUUUUGUUUUAUUAACCGAGUUGAUAAUGCUCAAAAGUUUCAAAACUGACGUU